AUGUCUUGGAAUGAGAGUAGGGAUUGCUGCAAUUGGGAUGGAGUCACUUGUGACUUGUUAACGGGGUACGUUAUUGGCUUGGACCUAAGUUGUAGUCGGAUUAGGGCAAGUAUUAAUCCCAACAACAGCCUCUUCCAACUUCAUCAUCUCCAGAGACUAAACCUUGCUUACAAUGACUUCUAUCCUUCUUCAAUUCCAAAUGGCAUUGGCCGCUUGAGGAAUUUGAGGUACGUGGAUCUUGAAGAAAACAACUUUCAAGGUUUUCUCAAAGAGAGCUUCUUUCUUCUGCCAAACUUGGAAAGGCUCAAAUUGGGAGGACACAUAGAACAACUUCAUCACCCUACUCUAAAGUAUCUCGAUCUUAAAUUUAACUUCCUUCAUGGUCAUCUAGCUUCUUCUAUCUGUAAGUUGAUGAACCUUACAUUACUGGAUUUAUCACAUAAAAAUUUUAGUGAAUCAGUUCCACAUUGCUUAGGAAGCAUGGCUGGGCUAGGGGUUCUCGAUUUGAGGAAGAAUAAUUUCAAUGGGAGUCUUCCACUAUUAUGUGGGCAGAGCACUUUAUUGAUGAACAUUGUCUUGAAUGGUAAUCGUUUUGAAGGACCUCUCCCAGUGUCGUUGCUCAACUAUUCUAGUUUAGAAGUCCUUGAUAUGGGAAUUAACGCUAUAAAUGGCACAUUUCCAGCUUGGCUAGGAACUCUUGAUGAGCUGCAACUUCUUGUAUUAAAGUUGAACAAGUUCCAUGGACCUAUAAGUACUAAGCAGAAGUUUUUCUUUCCCAAAUUGCGGAUUUUUGAUCUCCUUCAUAAUGAGUUUAGUGGCUCACUUCUGCAGAAGUUUUGCAAAACUUCAAAGCAAUGA